AUUAGGGUUUGAUCGAAGUUGAGUGAAAGUUUUCUUGAAGCCGAGGGGUUGUUGGGGUUUAGGUUUGUUGAUCUUUGUUUGUGUUUAGAUGCAUCAAGAUCUUGGUAGGGUUAAGUGGAUUUGUUUUGGGGAAGAAAUUCUGUAAUGGGUUUCCUUGGAUGCACAUAAUUUAAUUAGGGUUUGUUUCAAAUUUUUUAAGGUUCUUUUGCCUGGUGAUUCCUUUGUUUACCAUUCCCAUAAUUAUUUAACAGAUUCUUAGUUUCACUGAUGUUCAAUAAUAUUUUUAAGGCUGUUUAUCAAAUGUUUUUUGUGGCAUGGAGUUUCUCUUAUGAGGUCCUCUAGAUUCUCAUAUUGUAAUUUUGUUUGAAAGUCUUGAUGCUCUCUUUGUUUGCCAUCUGAACGCUAGAUUCAUUGCCUUUUUUCUUUAAUUGAUAUCCAUGAUUUUGCUGCUGAUGUUCAUCAUUUCAUUAAUAUUUUUGGAUGUUUGACAGAUUUUAAAGAGUUGUUUUUUUGAGCCCAUGGAUUGGUUAAAAUUAACUGCUUGUUGUCACGGUUUAGGUUUGUCAAUCUGUGUUUAUGCUUAGAUGGGUGUUCUUUUUUCCAAAAGUUCUUGAUGGUUUUCCUGGAGAGUUUACCAUACUAUUGGCUUCUGAAAUCGUUGUGUUCAUUUGCUUUUCUUGUAUUUGCACUUAUUUGUCAAAUAUCCUAUUUUUAGUUUAAUAGAUUUAUAUUGGUGUAUUUGAUCAAAGUUUGUAAGAAAAUUUGAUCUGUGAAUUUUAGAUUGUGUCCUGAAUGUGUCUUUGGCUAUUCGUAACUAUAAUUUUUGGUCUUUUAGGUCUUAUUUGAAAAUAUUCUUCCUUGUUAACUCAGCCUAGAUCCGGAAGUGAUUAUUAAAACCAAUCAUGUUUUGGGAUAAAAUCCCAAUAUCGUAUUUGUCUAGAAGAAAAACAGAAAUUGUGUUGUCAUUAUGGUCUGACAGUGUUUAGGGGAUUGACAUAUGAUUAGAGGUUGCUAAAUAUUUUAUCCUGGCAUUGUAGUGGAUUCAAAUUGUUUAUGCUUUUCUAAGUCAACAAAUAAAUUGAAUUCUCUGUCUGUCCUAAGGGAUGCCGUACAAAUAUACUUUUUGCAGCGCGUGUGUGUAAUGUUUAAUUUUCCAAGUGUUGAUCCUUAUUCAUUGAAACCCAUUUUGCAAAUAGUUAAGGUCAAAUUUUUGUGCUAAAAUAGGAGUGUGUUUUUGUUUUUUUCUUUUUUUGUUUUUUUCAAGAAGCAUCCAUCUUUUAUGGUUUGAUUUUGUGAUUAUAUUCAUUUAUUAAAUUUGGGCAAUUCGGUUUUUGGAUUCAUUUCAUAAAUAGAAGUAUGCUUUAAUAAAGCUUUUUACAUUAUCUUUUUUCAUAUAUAUAUAUAUAUAUUUAUUUAUUUAUGUGAUAAAGGUCCUUUUCUAUGAAUAAAAGAUUCUUUGUUAGCGUGAAAAAGUGAUGUGUGGAUUUUAUUAUGUUGUGGUCAAAAUAUUUAUUGUUUCCUAUUUCAUUUGGAUGAUCUGUAAAAGUUAAAAACAUGGUGAAAGGUGGAUAGGUAUUGUGCACCGUUUUAUAUCUUAUGGAUAUUUAAGAUAUCAAAUGUGAUGACUGUUUCAAUUGUGACAGCCUGGUUGUGCUCUUGUAGUUGCAAUUUCUUUUUAUUAAUCCAAUUAGGUUAUUGUGUUUUCUAAUGAGAUCAAUAUGGUAAAGAUGUUGUCUUUGGCUUAUCUGUGAUCAGAGAUUAUUACUUUCUUCUGCUCACUCAAGAUUAUUUCAAUGGUUGUUGUGUGUUUGCUUUGUUUUUAUGGAUUGUGUUUCCUUGAAAAUUGCAUGUUAACAAAGUCAUGAUGCCAGCUAGCUUUCAAGUCAGAAAGCAUUAUCAAGAAAUUGUUUGUUCCUAGGUUUUUGUUCUUUCCUUAAUCUCAUAUUCAUAAAUGGAUGGGCUUUUAUGCUCUAAAAACUAAUGAACAUCCAAUACAGUGAAAGACACUUCUUCAUUAGUACUGUUUAUUGUUAUUGUCUCAUAUUCAUUUAAAUUUUUUUGGUUUUCAAAUUUCAUAUAUACUUUAUUCUUUUCUUGUUAUUUAUUAUUCCAAGUGAAUCGAUUGAGCGUAUGCCCUUUUUUGGUGCAAGAAUCUGUGUUGUCCUGAAUGAGCUGUUUGCUUUUAAGAGAUCACAUUUAGCAAUUUUAUCUUGGUGCAUUCUAUUUUCUGGUCAAGAUCCAUUGCAUGUACUUGGGUAAGGAAGCCCGUGUGCUCUAUGUUGAAAACUAAGCAUGUGUGGGUUUUUCAGGAGACUUAUUUGCUACUUGCAAAUGUUUCAUUAGUAGCAUUAUUGGUUCUGAAUAAUCUACAAGUGUUGUAAACAUCGUAAGAAUGGAUGAUUUGUUUGUGUUGUUACAUAUCUUUCUUCUUAUAUUAUAUGCUCAAGGUUUGACCUGGUAACUGCUUUAUUUCAUGUUUAACAAAGGGUAUGAUGACAAACAUUCGAAAGGCGUGUGAGUUAAUGUUUUCUUAAAGGCCAGAACUUGACAAUUGUUGCCAAAUCAUAUGAGAUGAUUGUGUUCUCAGAUUAUGUCAAUAAGGGUCUUUUCUGCAUUUACUCUUUUGAAAUCUUUGUGGUAUAGUUGAGGCAAUGCUUGUACCCAUGUGUAUGCUUACGGUGAAUUUGGGGCUAUUUUGGGAAGAAGUGACUUCUUUGUUUGCGGAAAGUGUGGGUGCCAUUGUCCGGGAGUUGAGCUUGAAGAAAGCUGCUGACGGGUUAUAUGGGCCAUGCAUGGCAGCAUUUGAGCGUGCCAUUAUUGAGCGUGUCCCUCUUGUUGAUCUCGUGGUUGAGGUCCGAGAUGCCAGGAUACCCUUAACUUCAGCUUUUGAGCCCUUGAGACGUCUUGCAUGUUCUCAUAAGCAGAUGAUUGUGCUGAAUAAGGUGGACCUUGCAGAUCGUUCUCUGACAGAGAUGUGGUUGAGGCAUUUCAAAAUGCAUAACUUUAUUUGCUAUGGUGUCAACUCCCACAACAAAGAUAGUAUAAAUGAGCUAUUGAGAGUUGUUAGAGCUAGGAUCAAGAAACUAAAAGGCGAUGACCGUAGUUACACAUCAACUAUAUUGUUGGUCGGGAUUCCAAAUGUUGGCAAAUCUGCAAUGGUCAAUUCAAUGCAUCAGAUUGGAAGGACUGGGGCAGAAGUAAAAGGAAAAUUGAGACAUGCAACAGUGAGCUCCCAGCCAGGAGAGACCAAAGACAUUAUAAGUUAUAAGAUUGGUUCUCAUCCUAACAUUUAUGUCUUGGACACACCUGGUGUUCUAUCUGGUGAAAUUGGUGUUGAUGAUUUAGGGUCAAAACUAGCUUUGUCAGGGGCAAUUGAUGAUUCAUUGGUUGGGGAAGUUGACCUUGCUCGGUAUUUUCUAUCUGUUCUUAACUCAAAAGAGGAAUAUAAACGCUGGGAAAAUUUGAAAGCUGAUGCAGAUGAUGCGGUCAUAUCCACCUCUGAGUUCAACCAGGGGCGAAGAAGGCAAUAUCCUUCAGAUCACACACAGGAUUUCAUUGUUAGAGAUGUUCGCCGAACCCUUUUUAGAUGCAUAUCAUCAAACUCGGUAAAUUUGGAAAAUGAAAACACAAUGAGAAUACUGAUUGAGAAUCAGCUCACAGCUUUGCAUGAGCCUUUAAGACUACCAAAGGAACCAUGUGAAGAUAGUUAUAAGGCAGUUGCUAGCAAGUUACUCAACCUUUUUCGUACUGGAAGGCUUGGCCGUUAUACUUUCGAUAUUCUUCCCGGAAUUACUAAUGAUCCCAUUCUAUCAUAAGUCUUGUUCUUAUAUUAUGUUCGUAGGGAGACAAAAUGUGGAUCUUCUGCAACACAACAUUGUAUUUACACCAAUGGAUUGAUACACCGGAUGUCUUUUGA